CCAAGCCUGAAUGCUGGCCGCCCACGCUCCGGCCAGCCUCUGCUGUGGGGUUUCCUCCCCGGCCGCUGCCCUGUCCCCGGAUUGUCGGCGGCUUGAUGUCGUCUUUGUGAGGCGCCCUCCGUGGCCAAUUUUUUUUCUGGCGAUCGUGUGGUGGGCCCAAUUAGCCAGCAACGGACUCGACUCGUCUUCCGUGCCCCACGGCGGUUCAUCGUGAAGGGCCGUAUACAAAUAUCUCGUCAUCCCCUGCUCAUGCGCGUGGUCUCUUCCUGGCCUUCCCUCCGUCCAUAUUUGCCCCGACGACGAUAUUCCAUGCCGUUUCUCACGCAUCACUCCUAGCAAGACAUUCUUCAAGAUGUCCGACGACUCAAUCUCCGUUGCGGAGAAUCACGACGCCCCAAAUGCGCAAAAGCGAAAAGCUGCUCAAGCUGGGCUGGACGGGGUUACCCAGCCUCGCGCCGUGAAGCGACGAGCUUCCAAGGCUUGCCAGUGCUGUCGCGCCCGCAAAGUGAGAUGCAAUGUCACUGAGCAUGGCGCGCCGUGCACAAACUGCAGGUUGGAUGAAGUCGAGUGUAUUGUUUCUGAAAGCCGCAGGAAAAAGAAGUUCAACAAAGAGGGAGAAACUCAGCAGGAGCCUGAUGCGGCCUCAAAAGGAAAUAAUCGCAAAUUGGCUUCACGCGGGUCACUCGAGGGGCUCGCCAGCCAGAAUGACAUCCGUAGAUCACAUGACUUUUCCUCGCUGGGAGACCAUGUGCCUCAUGCCAUCUACCGGAGUACGGGUCAGAAGUUGAAUAUGCAGAACCUGAACCGACGGACGUCCUUUGGAAGCAUGUCGGCGACUUCACCAUACCCCAUGAUGCAUCACAGUCCAAUGUCCAUUGAUUCCAUGCAUGGGUUGUUUGGCCCAAGGACUACCGCUGCGGACAACUUGCCGUUCUUUAUCAAGCCACUGCCGCCACGAAUUGGCGCAGAUGAAAUCGAGUACCUUGACAAGAAGGGUGCCCUAUCCGUUCCAAGCCAAGGCCUACGCAACGAGCUUCUCAAGGCCUACAUUGAGUUUGUGCAUCCGUACAUGCCGCUUCUUGAUCUCUAUGAUUUUGUUAUGAUCAUAGAGAGUGGAAAUGCCAGUCUUGGGCAGAUCAGCUUGAUUUUGUAUCAAGCUGUGAUGUUUGCAGGCUCAGCCUUCGUGGACAUGUCGCAUCUUCACAACGCUGGCUACGUCUCAAGGAAAGAGGCCCGUAAAGAUUUUUUCCAGAAAACAAGGCUUUUGUAUGACUUUGACUAUGAGUCCGAUCGCGUAUCGCUUGUCCAGGCUCUCCUCCUGUUGACAUAUUAUUACGAAACACCAGACGAUCAGAAGGAUACAUGGCACUGGAUGGGUGUCGCCACUUCAGUGGCGCACACUAUUGGCUUGCACCGUAACGCAGAACGUUCGAAUAUGUCGCCGAAGAAAACAAAAUUGUGGAAGCGAAUCUGGUGGUCCACGUACAUGCGAGAUAGGCUCAUUGCCCUGGGCAUGAGACGACCGACCAGGAUAAAGACGGAGGAUUACGACGUUCCCAUGCUCACCCUAGAGGAUUUCGACAUUCGAGCUAUCCCGGAGUCCGUGACAUGCGUGCCAGCGGACUGCCUCGUUGCCAGAGAUGUUAGCAAACAGCGUACUCUAGCUAUCAUGUGCAUCCAGAAGGCCAAGCUGUGCCUUUGCAUCAGCCACGUCUUGUCGAAGCAGUACUGUGUCCUCAACAACAAUCAGGGGAUGGUCAACGAUCGGACAACAAUGAUGCUUCUGCCCAAAAAACUCGACCCAGAGACGUGUGAAGUCCAAGUUUGUGACGAUGAGCUUGAAGAAUGGGUGCAGAACUUGCCUGAGGAAGCCAAGUACCGUGACGCGUUGACCGGUGAUAAUUCCAUCGAUCUCAACCGAUCUUUGUUGCACAUGGUGUUCUUCACUACCCUUUCCGCAUUACACAGGCCUCAAGUACUACCGUCUGCCCCAGCGGCUGCUCCUACAACGCCAUCCGCGAUCGAAUUGCUCGAGCGCUCCCGCAGAAACGUUCGACGAGCGGCCACGGAGAUUACUUCCCUCGCCCAGACCCUUGACCAGGCCGAUCUAGUGAAGUAUCUGCCCACGACUGGUGUGACGGUCCUUCUCCCUGCUAUCAUUAUUCACCUGCUCGACAUCAAGUCACCAGAGGAGACAACGCGUCGAGCAUCCCUGCGCGGCUUUUGCCAGUGCAUGCAAGUCAUGGGCAAACUUCGGGACCUUUAUGCUGCAGCAGACUACAGCACAGCUUUCCUCGAAGCCGCUAUUCGCAAGGCUGGUAUUCACAUAGCGCCGUUCCCAGUAGGAAAUGGUGUUGGAAACGCAAACCAAGAUCGCCAGGCCGCAAGCAAGUCGUCACCGGUCUCAUCGGUGGAGGAUCUUGUAGAUGCUGGACGUCGCAUGGACAUGGCUUCGAUGCCACCGCCGGCGCGUGCACUUACGCCUCCACCUGACAACUCCAAGGAGAAACCUGCCCCGCUCGCUCGGGAUAACACCAUUGCGGAUGAAGAAGUCGCUCGCCGAUUGGAAAUCUUCCUCGCGAGCACGCCGCCUGAGUCCGACCACUCCUCCUCGCACUCGCACAUGGACGAUGCUGCUUCCGUGAUUGAAAACAUGGACAACAACAUGGGAACGACGACGGCUGCACUUAUGAAUAACACAGAGGAUUUCUCGUUCAAUUCUACAACCAUGAUUCCAGAUUUCAACCAAGACGAUUUUGACACGCUCUUGAAUUUUGACGCCAUGGCCGCUGGAGAGGACACAAAUUGGAACUUUGACGAUGGUUUCAAGAUGGAUAUGAAUUGGUUGAACACGAAGAAUGACGCCGGCGACAUGGAGCGGAAGAACGACGACGCCAAGAUUCCGGCGAUUGCCAUUGCUGCGUAAACGGUUACCGUCGGCGUUGGUGGGCGGGGGCUAUGAUACAUGUCACGAUUAAUUUAACGGCUGGAAACUGGUAUUUUUCUCACACGGCGCUACGAGGGAACAUACAAAAGUGACAGUUAUGUUGGAUCUUUAUUUGGAUUGGGGCUGUGGCGUCAAAGAGUAUAGAAAUGGGAACGAACGCUCGCGAGAUACACCAACGUUCAGUCAAGAGCAGAAUAAUAUUAGUUUUCCAUGAUGCCCGAAUUUUCAAAUGAAACGUGCUGAGACUACAUUCUAUGACAUUGAUUGGGUAUCGUCGUUGAAGACAACGAGAAUAUGAGCUGAACCGCAGCCACCGUAGUUGAUGCAUGAGCCGCAAAGUAGUGUAGUGCAAAAAGAAAAAAACAAAAGCCA